AGCACUGCAAGCUACCCACUGCACCACUGUGCCACUCUCCAUCCAAUCCAUCAGAAUACAAUUUUCUCUGUCGUCUUGUAAUGGACCAGGGACUUUUCUUUUGUUUAGUUGCAUAAUCCACUUUCUCAUUCUACUGGACAAAUGCUUAUAAAAGAGUGUUUUAAAAUAAACUGAAAUUGAGGCUGGACAGACGGUUUCUAAUGCCAACCUUGCCACCCCUGUUGUUAUGGUUAUUAUUAAACUUGCUUUAUUGCUGUUGACAAUAGCCAAUGUACUGUAGUCUUAAGAAAGCCUGUUUCAAUAUAGGACCCAAUAAAAUGUUAUGUUAUUACUAGUCGGUCAGGGGAGUAAUAAAUAAUACAUACAUUUACAUAAAUCCCAGGAUCUAAUUUCAUUAGAAAAGUUUAGUUAAAUUAAAAGUGCUGCUUCUUAAAGUUUAUACCUUUACCUUAUAAUGUCUAUGUACUGUAUCUUCUCCCUAUAAUCAUACUGUAUCAUACUGUAUGCUGCACAGAUGAGAGACAAAUAAACGAUGAAAAAACAAUAAACGUGUAGGCAAAUCCUUUACCUUCGAUUUUCAAAUUCAAAUAAAGUGGCAUACAUUACAUUUUUUGCACGACAGGUGGAGUACAGUGAAGAGCUAAAGCCCUAAUUGUAUUUAUCGCGGUGAAUAAUUGGUCAGCGAGUCGCCAGAGUAACACACAAGAGCACGACACGUCGUCUUCCAGAAGCCAGUUUCCGUGCCGGGUCUUCGAGGCGUCUUGCCUUCUUCUGUGUAGUUUCCUCUCAUCUUUCGAGACGUUUGGUGCUCUGCAGCAUCACUCUCAGGUACAGGCAGUAGCGAUCGGAAUGUGUCUCACCACCGUCCACACUCACUAGACGUCUCCCUACUGUGUAAAUACAGCACGUCUCUUAGAAAGCUUAGCCAAGAGGCGACCCGGACACUUUUUCAGGAUUAGCCGCAUUCCUGCUGCUCACAUGCUCUGUGGUUGACCAAGCUGUUAGAGUAAGAUACAUUUUUGGAAAAAAGCACUACUGACUGGGAUUCAGAUGCUCCAGAACUACAAUGUAUAAGAUGGGAAACUAAAGUGGAGCUUGGAUAGCACCUUUCGGGAUAUCCUCAGCAGCUGUUAAAUGACUCUGGCUCACCGUCGGUGGCAGCAAUGAAAGGGUUAUCGAGUAGCCGAAGCCAUCACCACAUGGUCACCUGUGACCCGUCCUAUGACCCCCUGACCCACCAUCCGGACCGGAAGCCGUACAUGUUGAACCCCAUGGACUCGCACCCCGCGGACCACCCCUACUACACCCAGAGGAACUCCUUCCAGUCCGAGUGCGCGGUGCCGUUCAACGACCAGCUUGCGAGCAGCACGUUCCCCAGGAGACACUACAGCUCCCACCACGAGCUGAAGGAGGAGUGCGCCGUGGUGCCGCAGGGCGCGGCCGGCAAGGGCAACCGCAUCCCCACCACCCUGAUCGACCAGUUCGAGCGGCAGCUGCCCAUCACCCGCGACGGCUACCACACCCUCCAGUACAAGAGGACGGCGGUGGAGCACCGGAGCGACAGCCCCGGGAGGAUCCGCCACCUGGUGCACUCCGUUCAGAAGCUGUUCACCAAGUCCCACUCCCUGGAGGGGCCCUCGAAGGGCAGCCUCAACGGCAGCAAGGCCAGCCCCGACGAGCCCCACGCGCCGAAACACGGCAAGCGCAGCAAGAGCAAAGACAGGUGUAAGCCGGAGAUCAAGCCCCGGUCGAACAUAUCCGGCUGGUGGAGCUCGGACGACAACCUGGACAGCGACGUAUGCCUUUACCACGCCCCCUCGGGCGUCAUGACCAUGGGCCGGUGUCCCGACCGGUCCGCCUCUCAGUACUUCCUGGAAGCCUACAACACAAUCAGUGAACACACCCUUAAAACGUCCCGGAGCAAUAACGAUGUAAAAUGUACGACCUGUGCGAGUAUCCCCAUAAACUUGGACGCACAGCUCAUGAAGAAAAGUUCAUGGUCGUCAACUCUUACGGUGAGCAGAGCACGUGAAGUCUACCAGAAGGCCUCUGUAAAUGUAGAUAAAACUGUAAUGAAAUCUGAGACUUGUCAGCGGGAGCGGGCAUGUCAGUAUUUGCAGGUCCCCCAGGAUGAAUGGAGUGGCUUUGCACCCUCAGGUAAGGACGACGAGAUCCCCUGCCGCCGGAUGCGCAGCGGCAGCUACAUAAAAGCCAUGGGAGACGAUGACAGUGGGGACUCGGACACCAGCCCGAAGCCCUCUCCGAAGAUCCAGGCGCGGAGAGCGAGCUAUCUCAAGGCCACCCAGCCGUCUCUGACCGAGCUGACCACUCUCAAGAUUUCGACUGAGCAUUCGCCCAAACUUCAGAUCCGAAGUCACAGCUACCUGAGGGCGGUGAGCGAGGUGGAGGUGAACGGCCAGUUCGAGUCGGUGUGCGAGUCCGUGUUCAGCGAGAUGGAGUCCCAGGCAGUGGACGCCCUGGACCUGCCCAUGCCCGGCUGCUUCCGGAUGCGGAGCCACAGCUACGUGAGGGCCAUCGAGAAGGGCUGCUCUCAGGACGACGAGUGCGUCUCCCUGCGCUCCGCGUCGCCCCCGCGCACCACCACCACCGUCCGGACCAUUCAGAGCAGCACCGUGUCGUCAUGCAUCACCACCUACAAGAAGACGCCCCCGCCCGUCCCCCCCAGGACCGCCACCAAGCCCUUCAUCUCCAUCACGGCGCAGAGCAGCACCGAGUCGGCCCAGGACGCCUACAUGGACGGCCAGGGCCAGCGGGGGGACAUCACCAGCCAGUCGGGCCUCAGCAACUCCACGGAGAGCAUCGACAGCAUGAAGGCCCUGACGGCCGCCAUUGAGGCCGCCAACGCCCAGAUCCAUGGCCCGGCCAGCCAGCACGUCAGCAGCAGCACCAUCGCCCUCGCCUCCGCCUCCGCGCUGGUGCAGGCCCCCGGGGACAGCAAGAAAGACCUGCUGCGCAAGAGCAAGUGCUUAUCCAUUGGGAUACAGGUUGAUGGACCUGAUGAGUCACCUGAUAUGGAAGAAAAUUCUGUUUCACAUAAGUUCCAGUCCGUGGGGAUUCAAGUUGAGGAGGAGAGAUGCUUCCGAAGGUUCACGAGGUCCAAUAGCGUGACGACGGCUGUGCAGGCCGAUCUGGAUACCCACGAGGUCUUGUACGGCUCGGCAGAACCGCCAGAGACCGACGCCCCAUCCUCCGGCUCGGUGUCCAGGCAGUUCUCCCGCGACGCCAGCACUUCCACGGUCAGCAUCCAGGGCUCGGGGAACCACUAUCACGCCUGCGCCGCGGAUGACGACUUCGAUGUGGGCUUCGACCCCUCCAUCCUCCCGCCCCCGGACCCCUGGAUCGACAGCGUGACCGAAGACCCCAUGGAGGUGGUGCAGAGGUCCGUGUGCCACAGGGAUGGGCGCUGGUUUCUGAAGCUGCUGCAGGCCGAGACCGACCGAAUGGAAGGCUGGUGUCAGCAGAUGGAGCAGGACGAGCAGGAGAACGAGCUGCCUGACGACAUCCUGGGGAAAAUCCGGAGUGCUGUGGGGAGUGCCCAGCUGUUGAUGUCUCAGAAAUUCCAGCAGUUCAGGGAGCUCUGUGAAGAAAACUUGAACCCCCACGCCCACCCACGACCCAUAUCGCAGGACCUCGCGGGAUUCUGGGACAUGCUGCAGCUCUCCAUCGAGAACAUCAGCUUGAAGUUUGACGAACUGCACCAGCUCAAGGCAAACAACUGGAAACCCCUGGAUCCCCCCGAAAGAAAGGAGAGAAAGAUGCCCCCUCCUGUGCCAAAGAAACCCCCGAAAGGUCACCCUCCCCUGGCGAGAGACCGGUCCCUGGAGAGCACGGAGAAGCAGCGGCAGGAGGCCCGGAAGAGGCUGAUGGCCGCAAAGCGCGCCGCGUCCGUGCGGCAGAACUCCGCCACCGAGAGCGCGGACAGCAUCGAAAUCUACAUCCCCGAGGCUCAGACCCGGCUAUGAACCGCCCUGCAACCCCCCUCCCCACACAGACACCGACACACAGACACACACACAUGCAGGUCAAGGACAGGGUGCUCGUAAUCCAAUCACUCCUCUAUCCCCCCUUCCGCGGGGGGGCCAGGGGGCGGAAACACAAUAAAGCCAAUCGUAUUUCUUUUUCAUUUUCUCUCUCUCUCUGAUCAUUAAGAGUUAUGAUCAGGUUUGUUUCCACCUAUGUGAUGUAGCUGUUCUCCCGACUCCCACAAAACUGUUUUGUGAACCUACUUCUUAGUUUCCUAACUUCCUAACCAAUAUAGCUUAGCCACAUAUCUAAUGUACCAUAGCUGCUGUGCACAUUUUUUUUUAUUUCUUGACCUUGCUCUUGAGAACAACCGUAGAAAAGAAAGUGUUACAAAACAAAGCUGAGUGCAGCAGAUGCAGUAUUCAACAGAUGCAGUGUCUCUAUAAUGCUAUAAUAAUUACCCUGCGGUACUCCUGUUAACUUGAGUACGCUGUAUGAUGUCUUUGUGAGCAACAGUAAGAAGGCAAAAGCAAAAAGAUCCUUUUUUCGGGCGGCCGGAGGGGUGGUACUGGGUUCUGCGCUGGUCAUUUCAUUUAGCAAUUUUGUAGAAACUAGGAAAUUUAAGAGCAGCUGGAAAUUCAUUUUCUUUUGUUUAGUCAUAUCUUUGUACCUGAAUAAGCGGUGUCCGAAACGCAAAAAAAAACUGAAUGGGCAUUCUUGGACAACGGUGGAAAGGGAACAGCAAGCCGCUGUGCGUUAAUUCAUGAAAACGUGAAGACAUCAGACUCCCUUGCUUUCCUGACACGUUCAACUGAAGCUCUUUCUUUAAGGUUGUCAUCAUUCUCAAGAGUAGAAAGAGAGGAAGGUGUGUUACUGUACCUUUUGAAACCUGCAUUAUAAAGCAAGGAGACAAGAAACUGUACGAGAUAACACCUUAGAUUAAGGGUGCCAUGUACAUUAUCAAUGAUUUGCAUUAACACGAUCAUUUCACUGGUCUGUAGCUAUGUUUUGUUUAUCAUGAGCAGACUUGUUGUUGUGAGUGUUUAUAAUCGGCAGUUACAAAGAUGGUGGCAAGCCCUCUACAAGUUGUAAUUCUUCAUUCCUCAAACCUUUUGCUACUUUUUGUUCAGCUGAGGACUUGGGAAGAGGCUCCUAACUGAUAUGUAUGUUUAUUGAUCAUCUAUACAGGACUCUGAAGAGUUACCAAACAUUUAACGCAAACGGUUUAUUUCACUUUUUAAACAAAGUCUUUCCAGUAGGUAGUACAGCAGCUCAAAAUAUUAGCGAACUCUCUUAUUGAACCUUCUUCGGCAGAAGGCCUUUGUGAUGCAUGGGCCAGGGCUAGCCUGGUGCAUCAAGAAGACGGUGUUACUCAUCCUCUCCUGCCUUGUGCAUGGUGGGCUGUGUUAGUAUUAACUCUCAGGAAGAGUUGGGGCAAAGCCAGUGGAGCUAAAUCCGGAUCUCCCAGAAGACAGGCGUGGUGUUAAGUACGCGUGUAUUUAUGUGUGUGUGUGAGUGUGUGUGUGAGUGUGUGUCUUUCAAGUGCUUCCUAAUUUUCAAGGUUGAUAUUGACCUAUUUUUUGGAUGUAAUGAAGUAGCCUCAAAGACAUACUGUAUUAUAGAAAAUCCAGACCCACGUGUAUUUAUUUUAAAUUAAUGUAUGUAGGAAAAUCAAAUAGAAAAAGGUAUACCCCCAGAGCAUGUAGAAACGAAUUUUCAUCAUUAUUUUAGGGGAUCUGAUCUAUUUUUAUUUAUGUUUUUUUGUACCAGUUCAAUUUUAUGUGCACUGUUGCUCUGCAUUUACCUGGAAAUUAUUUUUGGUUUUAUGUUUUGUUUUUGUUUAGACAGACAAAAUAAAUAUGCUCAAUUCAAUUGUGUUUCUUUUUUAUUGUUCCCCGGUUUUAAAACUGAAGAACCUUCCAAUUGAUUCUCAGUCUCUCCUGAAAAAACUGCAUUUAUUUUGUCUGCCCUUAAAUCCAUGUUUUAUUGUAACUCCUGAUUCCUUGAAGGACUUUCCUUUGUGUGCAGAAUUAACCUGAUUGUCAGGUAUUUUGUACAGGAAAUAAGAGUCAGUAUUUGUUGCAAUACUACAGUAUAUGAGCUGCUAGCAGGUUUGUAAAGGAUUGAUAAUGAUAAAUGUACAGUUAAAAAAGCUGACUUCGCCAUUACUUGAACUCACAGCUGGCUCAGAAGCCGAUCCCGAUAAGUACCAUGCUACUAAAAACAAUAAAAACUUGUCUGUGUGCCAAGAGAAGAACAAGAAAGCAAUGCAUUACAAUCGAAAGAUGUGAUAAAAUGAACUUCACGGGUAUUCAAGCUUCCAGGAUUCAGGCAUUAUCAUCUUUCAGUGAAUGCACAUAAGAUGGGUCGCAGUAAGAUUAAUAAUGGUUUAUUCAAUUCUACGCACAAACAUAUUUCUGUAUCUAAUUUCUUACAGCAACUUUUUUCCACAUUUUAUAUCUUUGAAUUGUUUGAUGAUUUGUUUAAACAAGUUCAUGAACAGGAACUCCGAAUGCUGUUUCGGACUUGACCUCUAGCAUAUAGGUGCAACCAUCUGAUUAUACACUUCGAAACAUAGGCAGUUCAUGCUCAACAAAGGGAACACAUGACAACAUCAGAAUUAACUAUAGCUUCAAGUUGCCCGAAGAAAAAAAAACACAAUGCAAAAAAAACUUUCACAAUGUAGAGACAGAGACAUUUCUCUCCGGUAUAUAAAAAGGUAGUCAUCAUAUCUAUUUGCCUUAAUUUAUAAUGUAGCAGUUGAGCACAACCAAGACUCAGGGUGAGAGGGAGGAGAACCUCGUCCCUCUUUUAAUGUAUAAAGGUUUUUUUCUUUACAUUAUUAGUUUUUAUUUAAAAAAAAAUGUCACAACUCAUUUUGAAAUGUUCUGCCCAUCAGCAAAAUAUUAAGCUUAUGUGGAGACCUUACUGAGACCCAUCUUUUGCCUUACCAGUCAGGAUAUAAAGCAGUCAUUUUGCUGUCUUGCAGUAAAUCUCACUGGACAAAGAUUUGUUGACGAGCUAUAAGAUAGUGUUCUAAGGCAAGUGAAAGAGUUUUACAAAAAAUACUUUUUGACAAGUACUACAGUGAAUAACACAUUUUGGUAGCAUGUUCCUAGACUUUCCAGUAACUGACUUACUGAACACGUCUUUUCAACUUUUGGGUACUAAAGCUACCUAUGAUACUUAACUGAAUAUUAAACUAAGUUUUAGUUAUAGUGGGGAUACCAGCUGUAUAAUUGAAUAUCUGCCUAAUUUUGUAUUUUCUUUAAUAAUUAAAAUUAUAAUUAAAAAUUCAAUGCCUGCCAAUUUACAGAAGUCCAUUUUAACACUGUGUUGUGUUAGUGGAUUAAAGUAUUUCUUUUUCAUAACUUGGGCAAAUUAGUUUUGCGAGAGGCAAGUGAAAUAAACUGAGAUAAUGCACUAACAUUACACUUGUUUACUUCAAUUACAAUCUCAUUUGUUUUGUUUUUAUGCUUUUUGUAAAGAAAAGGAAAUUAAGAACGAUUCACCUUUAUUUUUCGUCAGCGAAGUAGGAUACAAUUUCAUUUGUUCAGUAUUGUAUGGUUUAAUUAUGUAUUUUAUUUUAUUUUAUAUAUACAGUUUGAAUGUAAGUUAGCAAAUCAGUAUUCCCUGAUUAAUUUCAGUUUGUCCUGAAGGGGGUGACAGUUCUGAAGAAUGUAAGAAACAGUGAGUUGCUAAAACAAGGAUUUUGCUUUGAUAUGCUACGUGAUUUUCAGAAGAGACUGGAAAUAGUUUGUGUAUGGAUUGACCAAACCAUAAUGAAGGAAUAUCUGUAAAUAUA